AUCCCAACUCCUGUUCCCACCAUGAAGGAUCUACCAGCACCGCCUUGCCGUUGGGUCUGGCUGCUCUGCUCUUUCUGCAGCUUCCAGGUGUGUGGCACUCAUCCCAGAGCCCAGGAACAUCCAGGCUUUGCAGUCUUGGCUUCUGCUUCUCAUUACUGGCCAUUGGAAAAUGUGGACGGGAUCCUUGAGCUUCAGGACACAACUGGAGCGCUGCGAACCCUCAACCUCACUGUGCCUCCCUUCCACAAUGCUACCUUUGUCUUUACCAAUGACUCUGCCUACUCCAACUUCUCUGCAACCGUAGAUAUCAUGGAAGGGAAGGUCAACAAAGGCAUUUACCUCAAGGAGGAAAAGGGUGUGACGUUCCUUUACUAUGGCAGCUACAAAUCAUCCUGCAUUAGCAACCCUGCCCAGUGUGGACCCGAGGGAGUGACAUUUUCGUUUUUCUGGAAGACUCAAGGAGAGCAGUCCCGACCAGCCCCCUAUGCUUACGGGGGACAGGUUGUCUCUGAUGGGUUCAAAGUCUGCUCUAGCGGUGGAAAGGGCUCGGUGGAGCUGUACACUCGGGAUAAUUCCAUGACAUGGAAGGCCACCUUCAACCCUCCAGGUCCUUACUGGACUCAUGUCCUGUUCACAUGGAAAUCCAAGGAGGGCUUGAAAGUCUAUGUCAACGGGACCCUGAGCACCUCAGACCCGAGUGGGAAAGUGUCCCACACCUAUGGGGACCCCCAUGUCAACCUGGUCAUAGGAUCUGAGCAGGACCAGACCAAGCGUUACGAGAAUGGAGCUUUCGACGAGUUCAUCAUCUGGGAGCGGGCACUGACUCCCGACGAGAUCAAGAUGUACUUCACAGCUGCCAUUGGUAAACACGCUCUGCUGUCUUCAACACCACCAGCGAUGCCCACAGCACAUACUGUGAUGCCCGUGGAUGCCUACCACCCCAUCAUUGCCAACCUGACCGAGAAGAGGAAAUGGUUCCAGAGACCUGGGACCGUGUUGCAAUAUCUUCAAAAUGUGUCUCUCAGCUUGCCCAAUAAAUCCCUCUCAGAGGACACUGCAUGGAACCUCACAGAGACCUUCUUAAGAACUGUGGGCGAGGUGCUUCUGCUGCCCAGCUGGAUCCAUGUGUCAGAGGACAACAGCAUGGUGCUGGGCCUGGUCGACACCAUUGACACCGUCAUGGGCCACAUAUCAUCUAAUCUGCAGCCCAGAGAAACCCACGUCACCCUCACGGGCUCUUCCUCCAUGGCAGAUUUCUCCAUAGCUAAGGUCCUUCCACCAGCGCUGAGUGCCCCCCACUAUAGAUUCCCAGCCCAUGGGCACAGCUACAUUGAGAUUCCGAGAGAGGCCCUUCACAGCCAAGCCUGGACCACCAUCGUCGGCCUUCUCUACCACUCCAUGCACUAUUACCUGAACAACAUUCCCCCAGCCAGCACAAGGAUUCCCGAGGCUGUGAACUGCAGAGACUGCCUGCUGUCUGUCGCCAGCCGCCUGAUCUCCCUGGAGGUGACCCCACCACCCACUCUGUCCCAGAACCUAUCCGGCUCGCCUCUGAUCACUGUCCAUCUCAGGCACAAACUGACUCAUAAGCAGUACGCCGAUGCCACCAAUGAGAGCAACCGCUUCUUCCUGUAUUGUGCCUUCCUUAACUUCAGCUCCGGGGAAGGUGUCUGGUCGAGCCAGGGCUGUGCACUCACAGAGGGAAACCUCAACUAUUCAGUGUGCCACUGCACGCAUCUCACCAACUUUGCCAUCCUCAUGCAAGUGGUCCCGCUGCAGCUCGCACACGGGCACCAGGUGGCGCUGUCGUCCAUCAGUUACGUUGGCUGCUCUCUGUCAGUUCUCUGCCUGGCUGCUACGCUGGUCACCUUUGCAGUGCUGUCUUCUGUCAGCACCAUUCGGAACCAGCGUUACCACAUCCACGCCAACCUGUCCUUCGCUGUCCUGGUGGCCCAGGUCCUGCUGCUCAUCAGCUUUCGUGUGGAGCCCGGCACGGUUCCGUGCCAGGUUCUGGCUGUCCUGCUACACUACUUCUUUCUGAGUGCCUUUGCCUGGAUGCUGGUGGAGGGACUGCAUCUCUACAGCAUGGUGAUAAAGGUCUUCGGGUCAGAGGACAGCAAGCACCUCUACUAUUACGGGAUAGGCUGGGGGUGUCCUCUCCUCAUCUGCAUCAUCUCCAUGUCAUCCUCCAUGGACAGCUACGGGACAAGUGACAGCUGCUGGUUGUCACUGGGCAGUGGUGCCAUCUGGGCCUUUGUGGGCCCUGCUCUGCUGGUGAUUGUGGUCAACAUUGUUAUCCUGGUUGCUGUGACAAGGGUUAUUUCCCACAUCAGCACCGAGAACUACAAGAUACACGGGGACCCCAGUGCCUUCAAGUUGACAGCCAAGGCUGUUGCUGUGUUGCUACCCAUCCUGGGAACCUCAUGGGUGUUUGGGGUGCUUGCUGUCAGUGACCGAGCCCUGGUCUUUCAGUACAUGUUUGCUGUACUCAACUCCUUGCAGGGCCUCUUCAUCUUCCUCUUUCACUGUCUCCUGAACUCAGAGGUGAGAGCUGCCUUCAAGCACAAGACCAAGGUCUGGUCCCUCACGAGCAGCUCUGCCCGUACUGCAAACACAAAGCCCUUCAGUUCAGACACCGUCAAUGGGACACGGCCAGGCACCGUAUCUACCAAGUUAAGCCCAUGGGAUAAGAGCAGCCAUUCUGCCCACCGUGUGGACCUAUCCGCCGUGUGACCAGAGAGGCUACCACUCAAAACAAGUGCCUUCCCUGAAGCAGAGAAAAAAAAUGUACACCCUGCCUCCAUCGUGGGUUCCUCUCCUCCCUGCUGCCUCAACAUGGGAUAACGGCCCCUACCAAUGACUGCGUAGAAUGUCCUGCCUCGCACUGCAAGUUGACUCAGGGUUGUGUGGCCAGCGAUGGCGUGGCCCUCCUUCCCUGGCAUGGUGGGCACCAGGGCACAAUGUAGCUUAUGGCAACACUAAGUGUGAACCUCCCUUGUUUCCAGUGCACAGAGCACCGUGCCAGCUAGGCUGUGGUAAAUGAGAUGUUAGGAUGCAGAUACAAGAGGGCAAAGCCUCAGCCUUGAUGGAAACUUGGAGUCUUGAGAGAUGCUCAAGGUCAAUGGAGGAAGCUGAGUUAUGUGGGGGGGAAUGAGGCCAGCAUCAGUUGGAAUGCACGUCGUCUCUGUAAGGGGACACUGAUUGAGACACCACAUCCCCUAGCUGUACAACCAGUUCUGGGGUCUCUGCCUUUGCCUGUCUGGAGUCACCCACUAACUCGUAGAUGGAGCUUUGUGAAGACAGCCUUAAGGAGCCACUGCAUGGGGACUGACUCAGUCUGUUCCUUGUAAGCUGAGCCUCACUGGACCUAAAGUCAGCCUUAGAAUGCCCUUUUCAGACAUGAGCGUCUCUACUGUCCAUUGCUGCCUCCUCUAGGGCUGCACUCCCCUGAUGGGUCCCCCUUCUCCCGCAUCUCCUGGUUUUCUGGGGUGUAGCUACCCCUAGGGUCUGCUCUCGUAUUGCUUAGACAUGCCACCUCGGUGUAAGAGCCAAUGAGGCACUAGACAGCUUAGACAUCUGAUGUCCCUCAUCCCAUGUCACAUACCAGACCAACCACGCUAUGGAGGCAAGUCCCCGGUGCUGGGCAGGGUGGCCACUGGAGGCUCUUGGGUUGGUGUGAAUGGACAGAAUCAGACUCAGCCCUGGGAAGUUCAGUCAUUGUGACAACUGCCUGUGAACAAGGUCCUCAUGUGAGUGGGGAUCACAGAGAGUUAUGGAGCAGGCUGUGAAGAGCCAACUAGUGUGCAGGAACCUGUGUCUGUGACAUGUGUAGCCCAGAUACUGGAAACCCCUCACUUCCCAUGACAUUCUCGAGCCCCUUCUUAUCCACACUUACUUGGCUUUAGGAUAUGUUUCCAUUUAGUUCUAUGGAUUUUUUUUUUUUUUUGUCUUUUCUUUUCUCCACUGUAAUGAAAUAGAGCCAGGGCCUGGCACAGGUAGGCAAGCACUCCACACUGAGCCACAUCCCAGCCCCUAAGUGACAGGCCCUUGCAUGCAUAGGAACAGACUUUGUUCUGUCCAAGCCAGAUCUUAAAUCUUAUUAGCCAAAUGGGCCCCUGUGACUCACCCUCCUGCAGCCGCUUUGGCCAGUGCAGGGUGAGGCCAUGCUGAGACUCUGUGUUUGGUGACAAGUCCUGUCUCUAGAAUGUGCGUGGUCACUGCUCAGCAUCUCACCAUUCCUCAAGCCAGACACCAGUGACCUAGGGUCAGGCCAGCUCUGCUGAGCUCCCAGUAGUGAGAACACUGUAUCCCUCCCAUGUAUGCUGGGCUCCCACUAAGGCAAGGCAUGCCAGGAGUGUCUUCAUUCCUGAUGGGAUUCAGUUGCUGGCUUUUUGUAAUACUCACUCUUAUGUAGCUGACAUACUAAGAAAAGUCAAGCGCAAAACCUAUCUCGGCUUCCCAUUUCCAGUGAGUGAAAGUGUGUGUUUAUUUAUAGGCUACCUACUUUGCUCCCGCAAUUGUUUAUUAUCUCUGUGUAAUUUGGCCCCACAUAAAUUAGAAAUAAUGGUGUGUGUGAGUAGUUUACAGCAGAGGGAACAUGAUGAGUUGCUGCUAUAGUGAAGACAUGUUGUGAUUUUGAUGAAAUAAACUCUUAAUGU